AUGGACAGACAGGAAGAUCCUCUUCCCAUUCAUCACGAAUUUUAUCAGCCGGGUGACCUUAUCAUUGGAGGGAUUGCUUCUCAAAUCUUCUUUAUGCACAAUACUUUCUCUUUUGAGCAACAGCCUGGAAGGAGGCUGAGUGGCGAACCCAUUUCAGUGCCAAAAUACUACCAGAAUGUCUUAUCUUUGGUAUAUGCCGUCAAAGAAAUCAAUGAGAAUCCCAACAUCUUACCAAACAUUACUCUGGGUUUCCACAUCCUCAACAACUACUUCAUUUCAAGGAUGACGUAUAAGGCUUCCCUGAGCCUAUUUUCUACACAUCAUAGGUUUAUCCCUAACUUUGGAACUCACACCCAGAAAAUGCUGAUAGCUGUCAUUGGAGGACUUGUCUCUGAAAUCUCUGACAACAUCGCUACCAUUUUAGCCAUAUACAAGGUUCCGCAGCUCACUUAUGGAUCAUAUUCUCCAGCACAGAACGAUGAAAUUGUAUCCCCAACUUUGUACCAGAUGGUCCCAAAUGAAGUAUAUCAGUACAAAGGGAUCGUCCAGUUAUUUCAUCAUUUCAGAUGGACAUGGGUGGGGCUCUUGGCAGCAGAUGAUGACAAAGGGGACACCUUUCUGCAGACAAUAAUACCCCUGCUUUCUCAAAAUGGCAUCUGUUUUGCCUUCAUACAAAAAUUGCCAAAGCGGACCUAUACAGGCAAGUUGAUAGAUUCAUUUCUAGAGCAGCUGGAAAUGUAUCCCCGCCUCAUAGAAAGCAAAGCCAAUGUGUAUUUUGUACUGGGUGAACGUUCAUCAAUGUCGGCUUUGAGAUGGGUACUCUUUCUAGCAGAAUACAUGUCACUGCCCCCUCUUGGGAAAGUAUGGAUUGUUACAUCCCAAUGGGAAUUCGAAUCACUGACCAUUCAAAGAAGCUGGGAUAUAGAAGCUUUCCAUGGUGCCAUAUCCUUCACAGCUCACUCCAGCCAGCUACCAGGAUUCCAAGAAUUUCUUCAGAUGGUAAGUCCUUCCUGGGCCAAAGGAGAUGGCUUUAUUCAGGAAUUAUGGGAACAAGCAUUCAUUUGCUCAUUGAGAAUAUCUAAUGUGCCUGAAGAAAACAGCAGAAUGUGCACUGGGGAAGAGAAGCUAGAGAGCUUACCUGGGACAUUGUUUGAAACUAGCAUGACUGGCCACAGCUACAACAUCUACAAUGCUGUCUAUGCUGUGGUAUAUGCUUUGCAUGCCAUUUAUUUAUCCAAUCUGAAACAUAAAAGACUGGUGGAUGGAAGGAAUUUUGAGUUUCAGAGUGUUCAGCCAUGGCAGCUCUAUCGCUUUCUGAAAAGUAUCAUCUUCAAUAACAGCGCAGGUGACACUGUGCAUUUUGAUGACCACGGAGAACUGAUUGGAGGAUUUGAUGUAACAAACUGGAUAACCUUCUCUAAUAGCUCUUUUGUGAGAGUAAAAUUGGGAAAUAUGGAUCCUCGGACUCUGCCAGGAAAAGAGUUAACCCUAAAUGAUGCUAAAAUUGUGUGGCAUAGAAGCUUUCACCAGGUGCCACCCCUUUCUGUGUGCAAUGGCCGCUGCCUUCCUGGCUACAGCAGGAAAAAGAAGGAGGGAGAGAAAUUUUGCUGCUACGAUUGCGCUCAGUGUCCAGAGGGGAUGAUCUCUGACCAGGAGGACAUGGACAUCUGUAUCAAAUGUUCACAAGAUCAUAGUCCCAAUUUGGACAAAAAUCAAUGCAUUCCCAAGAUAAUUAUCUACCUUUCCUACAAAGAACCUUUAGGAAUCUUCUUAGCAACAAUGGCUAUUUCUUUCUCUGUGCUGACAGCUCUGGUGCUUGGAGUCUUUAUGCAGCACCACAACACCCCCAUAGUCAAAGCCAACAACAGAAGCCUCAGCUACAUUCUCCUGGUCUCUCUCUUUCUUUGCUUCCUCUGCUCCUUGCUUUUCAUUGGACAGCCUGCAAAAGUGACCUGCCUUCUUCGGCAAACUGUUUUUGGCAUCGUCUUCUCUGUGGCCCUCUCCAGCGUGCUAGCCAAAACCAUCAAUGUGGUUCUGGCAUUCAUGGCAAAGAAACCAGGAUCUGCAAUGAGGAAAUGGGUGGGGAAAAGACUGGUAAAUUCUAUUCUUUUUUCCUGCUCCGUUAUUCAAGAAGGACUUUGUAGUUUUUGGCUAAGUACCAACCCUCCAUUUCCAGAUAUGGACUUGAAUUCAGUGGAUGGGAAAAUUGUAGAGGAAUGUAAUGAGGGCUCAGAUGCCAUGUUUUAUUGUGUUCUGGGCUAUCUGGGCUUCCUUGCUAUUGCCAGCUUUGCUGUGGCUUUCUUUGCUAGGAAAUUACCUGAUAGUUUUAAUGAAGCCAAAUUUAUCACUUUUAGCAUGUUGGUCUUUUGCAGUGUUUGGCUGUCCUUUGUCCCCACCUACCUGAGCACUAAAGGAAAAUACAUGGUGGCCGUGGAGAUCUUUUCUAUCUUGGCCUCCAGUGCUGGCUUAUUGGGCUGCAUAUUUUUCCCCAAAUGUUACAUCCUUGUUUUGAGGCCUGACCUUAAUAAUAGGAAGCGAUUCUUGAUGAGAAAAAAAUAA